AUUAAUAAAUUACAAAAAUACUAUGGAUUGGCGAUUACCAGACACCAAGAUAAUGUUGACGAAAUGUAUAAGGAAAUUUGGGCCACAUUUUUUCAUUUGUGUUCGACUGACAAGAAUCCAAACCAUGGAAACUGCCCAGCAGGCGCGGAGAGCUGGUGCACAUAUCGCAGAGCAGAGGCUCAAGGAUUAGACAUGUCGAUAUUCCAACACAACUAUCGUCCUUUAGACCCACAGGUUGAAGAAGCUCUGAAGCCAAUUUAUACGGACCUAAGUAGACGUGAUUUAUUAGACAGGUGCAAGGGUCGAAACACCCAAAAUAACAAUGAAAGUUACAAUGCCUUGCUUUGGCACUUUGCUCCAAAGCACCUCCACAAUGGUUUAAAAACCAUUGAACUUGCCAAUUUUCUGGCUGUUGGAAUCUUUAAUGAUGGUUUUCAAUCUAUAUUGAAAAUUUUACAAAUAAUGAAAGUUAUUAUUGGUCCCAUUGCAAAGGAGUAUGCCGACAAGAGAGAUAGGAAUAGAAUUUACCGAGCGCAGUUACGACAUCAGGCUGCUUCAAAAGAGAGUCGAGCAGCUCGAAGGAAAGCUACAGCGGCCCAGCAGGUACUGUUUGAGGAAGUGGGUUCAUUAUAUGGAUACGGAAUAGCAGAUUAA